AUGAGAGGUUUAUUUUUUUGUACGCUCUCCUCCCUCCCCCUCUCUCCCCCUCUCCCUCUCUCAUCCUUUCCAUCUCUCUCCCUUCCUCUCUCUCUCCCCCCUCUCCCCCCUCUCCAUCUCUCUCAUCCUUUCCAUCUUUCUCCCCUCCCUCUCCCCUCUCCCCCCCUCUCCCCCCUCUCCAUCUCUCUCAUCCUUUCCAUCUCUCUCCCCUCCCUCUCCCUCCCCUCUCCAUCUCCUCUCAUCCUUUCCAUCUUUCUCCCCUCCCUCUCCUCUCUCUCCCCUCUCUCCCCUCUCCAUCUCUCUCAUCCUUUCCAUCUCUCUCCCCUCCCUCUCCCUCUCUCCCCUCUCCAUCUCUCUCAUCCUUUCCAUCUCUCCCUCCCUCUCCCCCCUCUCUCCCCUCUCCAUCUCUCUCAUCCUUUCCAUCUCUCUCCCUCCCUCUCCCUCUCUCUCCCCUCUCUCCCCCCUCUCCAUCUCUCUCAUCCUUUCCAUCUCUCUCCCCUCCCUCUCCCUCUCUCUCCCCCUCUCCAUCUCUCUCAUCCUUUCCAUCUCUCCCCUCCUCUCCCUCUCUCCCCCUCUCUCCCCCUCUCUAUCUCUCUCAUCCUUUCCAUCUCUCUCCCCUCCCUCUCCCUUAAUCUCCCCCUCUCUCUCCCUCUCCCUCUCUCUCUAUAA